AUGGGUUCUAUGACGGAUAAUUCUUUCUUUGAGAUACCUACCCAUUGCAAAGCUGGUGUAGUUGUCAAUGAAGGGCCGGAAUUUCACCUCGAAGUUCAGAUGGUGCCUGUGCCAGAACCAGGACCCGAGGAAAUAUUAAUCCGACUGAAUGUUACUGGUCUCUGCUCAUCCGACAUUCAUAUGAUGAAGGGAGACUUGGGCGGUCCACCCAUGUCACAAUUUGGCGUGCGAUCGCCCGGCCACGAAGGAGCAGGUGUCGUCGUCAAAGUUGGUCAGAAUGUGAAGAAUUUCAAGAUAGGAGAUAGGGCAGGAAUCAAGCCGCUUCUUGAUACUUGCGGCUCCUGCGAACUUUGUUUGAAUGAGAAGGAGACAUAUUGUAAAGCGGCAGUGCACACAGGCUUGAUGGCAGCGGGAACUUAUCAGCACUUUGUAGUGUCCCCAGCACGAUACGCAUCGCCGAUCCCUGAUGGCGUGCCUGAUGAAGUCGCCGCUCCUAUUAUGUGCAGCGCCAGCACCAUGUACCGCUCCCUCGUUGAGUCUGGUCUUAAGCCUGGAGCUUGGGUUGUUUUCCCAGGAGGGGGUGGUGGAGUCGGUAUACAGGGCGUACAAUUGGCAAAGGCGAUGGGGAUGCGACCUAUCGUUGUGGAUACAGGAGACUCGAAGCGAGAUUUAUCACUGGAAAUGGGCGCGGCAGCUUUCGUGGACUUUAAGGAAGUGGUAGAUCCCGCCAAAGCCGUCAUCGAGAUCGCCGAUGGGGUUGGAGUGCAUGGUGUCUUUGUCACAGCCCCUGCUGCGUACAAAACGGCGAUCUCUUAUGUUGGUGAACGGAUUGGCACCGUCAUUAUGUGUAUUGGAUUACCUCCUGCAGGAUCGAUGGUUCUCGGCACUGACCCAUGUCAAUACGUCUUCCAGAAUCUCAGCAUCAAAGGGACGCUGGUGGGGAGCCAGAAGGAUACUGCGGCCGCAUUGGACCUUGCUGGUAAAGGUUUGCUAAGGCAGAUUUGCAAGGUAUAUCCCAUUUCCCGACUACCUGAAGCCGUAGAGGAACUGCGGAACAGCCAGGUAGCGGGACGACUUGUGAUAGAUUUCAAUCAAGAGUGA